UGCAAUGCAAGUAAUUACCCGCCUUAAAAACUUACAGAUGGGCUGACGGGGCAUAGCUCAUGUGGAUGGAUAACCAAUCUGAACAAUGGACCACGAGAGAAUGACAAGUCGACCAACAUAGUCCAAUUUCAAGCCCUCGAACGGUUGACAACGGAGAUCGAAUGAUGAAUAAAUUGAAGAGUCUAUUGUCGAUUUGGAGAGUUUGAAGUAUUUUUCGGUCAAAAGGAGGCCGAAAUCACGUUCAAGGGGUUGAAAAGUUUGGACUUCAUUAACCGAAGGAUGCGACGGUUUUGACGUGGGACUCUAUGAUUGGUCAUAAUAAAUAAAAAAGUUCGGUAAUGAAACUACAGAAGAUAGAACCUCCGGUUGUUGAUCCUUAGCACGGAAUUAGAGAAACUGGAAGCUGCAAAAAGAGAGAACAAAGGCGAAGAGAAGUAUAGAAAUCUCUUCAGCCUUCUCUCUCUCUUUUGCUUUUCUUCUCUGCUUCUUCUUAGCAGUUAGGAAAGAAGAGAGGGGAAGAAGAUGAUGGUUGUUAACAGUUUUGAUUUAUGGCAAAAAGACGCCUUCUUUUCUACAGCGGAAGAGGUUCAAGAAUCCGCUGAUGUAAUGGAAUCAGCAUAUAGGAUGUGGACCAAAGAGAGGAGAAAUGGGAAAAAUGCUUCGCGGUCGGCCGAUCUUUGUCGAGAGUUGCAAACUGCGUUGGGUACUGCUAAAUGGCAGUUGGAAGAGUUCGAGAGAGCUAUAAGAUUGAGCCAUGGACAUCAUUGUGAUGAUAGUAGGGCAUCUAGGCACAGACAAUUUAUUGCUGCCAUUGAGAGUCAGAUUCACCGUGUGGAAGCUGCAUUAAAAGAAGCUUUUAUCGAGGAGGGAAAGCAUCCCCUUCGUUGGGUAGAUUUGGAUGAAGAGGAAUGUGAUGAUUUGGCCAUGUUCCUUUCUGGAUCCUCUCCAAGCUUGCAACCAUCUAAGACAAACACUCUUUUGCUGAAGAAAAAGGACACCGAUCCUAAUGUCGAUGCUUCUUGCGAUGGGAAUAUGCCUGGAGUCGAAUUUUCUAAUGAUUUUGGCAAAGAUGUUGAGUGUGUCAUUGAUGUAGAUGAUGGAGAAAGUUCUGGAAAGACGGAUGAUGUUAGUUCUGGACUUGAUAGAACAAAUAGUACACAAAGAACAUGGAGCUCUUCAAAUUUUGGUACAUUGAAAAUUGUAAUUGCUGAUGAAUAUGAAGAUAGAAGUCAAAUCAGGUCAGGCAUGGAGGCGACUCCUAAGGAAAAAGGAUCGAAGCCUUUCUUCCUUAAGCGAAGGUGUGGAGAACUUCCACAGGUGAAAGGUGCACUUAAUUUAUUCAGUCAGUGCUUUGGCUGUGUUGGCGCAUUACAGAGACAAUUACAAAGUCCAGUGCAAUUGCAGUUUAGUUGUUCACUGCAACUCACUCUCAUUUUAUUGAUUGCCAUUUUUCUAAUAGUGCCUUUUGUACUGUAUUCAAGCUGAGAGCAAGUGGCUGCUGUGUGGUGUGGAUCAAACAACAGGUGGCUCUAAUGUGCCAUAAUUUAGAAAGAACAGCAUCGAUCUUCUAAUAAUUUCCGACUUCCCUUUGAAGCUUGGAACUUUUUGGUAUGACAGUGAAUCUCUUGCCUGUUGUUCUCUAUAUGUGGGAGAGGCAGCCGGAGCUAACUCAGACCGGAGUUGUAUGUCGAUCUGGAUUUCCUUGUGAUACUCUGUAAACGCAUUGGUUGUCGCAUGUCUGUGUGUGUGUGUAUAUAUAUAUAGGAUUUGGUAACAUGGACAGUCAUGUUGCCAUGUGAGCUAAGCUUCAUUGCUCAUACAUUUUAUAUAAAUAUUUCAUCAAGAAUGGUUGUCGGUUGUAGGCAUUAUGAGGGACUUAUCUGCCUUCAUAACACUUGCAGGUACUUGGAACUAAUAUUAGAAGGGUUGCUUCAGUUGUAAUUUCUUCAAAUUUAGUGAAUCAUGUUAUAUGAUGAAUGAAUUGAAAGAACAUACUUGGAGGUGAA